GAGUGGAGGAGCUGGAGCAGUCCGGAGCCGGAGGAAAAAGAAAACCAUUUCCCAGCACCGGUCUUCACCCCUAGGGGCGGCUGUCGAGUGUGGACCCUGAGUAACAACAUUUUGAGGCGGAUCCACAGAUCAAGAGGGCGCAAGUCAGGGGGCUGCCAUCACAAGCUAGAUCUGAGAGACAACAUCUUUCAGCACCUAUUGCAAGCGGAAGAAGGACGGGCCCAGUCAUUGGCCUCUUCGCUUCCAAGCCACACGUUGGCCCAGCGGCAGCAGAGUCGUGGCUGGGUUGGGUGUAAUGGAAACUUUACUUGAACUUCCACCCCUGCUGGUUUUGGGUGGCCAUCGAGUCGGCUGUCACAACGUUGACAUGAGCGGGGACGGCUGCAGGGCCCUCGGGGGUGUAUAAAGGUGAGAAGGCCCCCUCAAAACUCAGCCCCCGCUGCUUGUGGGAACCCAGUCACUUAACACCAGGUUCUACACGGCUGUGACUCACGCUCAAGUUCACCUCGCUGCAGCAGAGCAGCCACCCCCGUGAAAGGGGGAUUCAUGCCCAGCGUCCAUCGAGCGCACCAGUUGUGUAGACAUGGGAGUAUCGACGCAUGGGCCUGGCCAUCCCAAAACUGUUGGGAAAGAAAAGGCAACGUGUCUGGAUUCAAGAUGGCCGACCCCAGCAGGAAACCACCACUGAACCGUUGAACGCUUUAUUGUCACGGCCAUUUUGAAGGCAGAAUUUCUUGUGUCGGGGGCUCGCUGCUCAACAGGACGGCUUUCUGCCUCUGGUGUCAAUUGCUCUUGGGUAACCUGCUAAUGAAGGAAAUCCCCAGCACAGAAAUAGGACAGGUGCUACUUCCUGAUUUAGGAGGCACCACUCGCCUUGGAUUGCACGUACAUCUCAGCGGCUGCCCUUCCACACAACGUCCCUUGCUGGGUGCUGUCGUCUUUUGCUGUCUGGACCAUGACUGAGGAGAUUAUCUACGCGGAUAUAAACGUUCUGGAAGAUGCAUCCCCUGCCUGCCAACCCUCUUCCCUUAAGCACCACGAUCUCUGGGGAUUUGCACGCCGGCACGGGUUCGUUCUGUGGAUUGCUUUGGCUGGCGACGUGAUCCUGGCUACAGCGGUAAUUGCACUGGGCGUUCAGGUUUUCCAGGGCCGCUCCCUGCAGACGGACACCGGCGCAGUCUCAUCGGUCCCGGAGAGCAGCAGUGUCGCUCAGAGACACUCCCCCGGCAGAGAAUGCAACAGGAGCCUGGAUGAUUUGGUGUCUCGCCUGAAGCAGAGUCUGUGUCACUCAGCCCAGAGCCCCUCAGCAGACGGCUCCAGCUGCAAACUCUGCCCCAUGGACUGGCUGUCACGCAGGGGAAAGUGUUACUGGUUUUCCAAAGACAGCAAAAACUGGACCGAGAGCCGUGCUGACUGCUCAGCGAAGAGCUCUCGAAAGCUAGUGCUCCAGGACCAGGAGGAGAUGGAGUUCAUACAGAAUGUCACACGGGAUAAAUAUCACGUCUGGCUCGGGCUCAGUGUUCCAUCUGCAGAGAAGAACUGGACCUGGGUGGACAACUCCGUGUUAGACCAAACUCUGUUCCCAGUAACGGGUCCUACCGUCGUGAACAGCUGCGGGGUGAUAAAAGGGAAUCGGAUUCACUCUGAAACCUGCAGAGCUGAAUUCAAAUGGAUUUGCCAGAAGGAAGCCGUGCUGCUCUAAACAGUGGCAUUAGAGACACUCGUUCCUGUAACAGACCAGUACACUGCCUUGGGUUUCAGUCUUCAGGCCAGACUUCCAGGCACGGAUGUGCCUGCAGAAACAUGUACGUGCAUCCUCAGACCAGCUAUUUGUAUCUUCAACUCGGGUACAUGCAUGUGCAAAUCAGGCCCAAGAGCAAAGGAACAUCUCAUGGAUGAAAACACUGCACCAGUGACUCUGGUCCAGCAAGAACACGCCUCUUCCUCCCCCUGUAUCCCCUUCCACCAAAGUAUGCCUUGUGAGGUAUCAUUUGAGACCUCAUAAUCUGCUGAACAUUAUUGUCCAGAUAAAAUAUUUGCAGUAUCAUUGUUUGUAUAUUUAUAAGAUUCUACUGUAUAGCAUUGCUGUGACAUAUUCCAGAGUUAGAAAAUCAGGCCCAAACCUGUUCUUCAGAGACAAAGACACACUGGUGUCCCAGGCAGAUGUCAGCAUAAUCAAAUGAACUAUCAUGGACUAUCACCUAGUUAAGUGGCCAUUCUUUGGCAGGAAGAAGAGUGUGAGCAAGAACUUUACAUAUUGGCAACGGAAACAGCUGGAUGUCCUGUGUUAACAGACUGUCUAUUGCCUGAACCCCAGCUGGAGAUAAUCCUCAAAGAAGGGAGAAUUGUAUAAAAAUAGAGAAAACACACACACACACACCACAAAUUACUUCUCUCCCCUCAUCUCAACUCAUGGCAGCUACAAUGUUUGAAAGACAAAGGAAGCAUCAUUGAACUAUGUAGGAGGUGUGGCUAAAGCAAUCCAGCCAGAUUGCUGUAAGCUUAUUGUGAGAAAAGUUUUUUUUGUUUUCAAGUUCAUUUAGCGUGUUGCGUUAAGCAUUAGCAUGUGGUUUAUCUUUUUAUUUUCUUUGUAACCAAUUCUGACUUUUAUGCCUCUGUACU